AUGUACAGGAUGGAUCCAAAUUCUUGUUAUGUACUGAAAAUUAGAUUGCUUGGCAACCCAAAAAAAGCUAGAAAAGAGCCCAUGUGCUUUUAUUUCGAGAAGGUUAUUGAUUUCGACUUGACAAAUUAUGAAGAUUUGGUUGAAUCAAUUAUAGUGCAGUACCAGCCACGUUAUUUGGAAGUUGUGCAUGUUCACUACUAUGAUGAAGUUCUGAAAACGUUUCUAGAAAUAAAAUCAGACCAAGAGUUGAUGUAUAUGUUUGAGAAACAUGCUAAGUCAAAGAUGGUGCAGAUGUUCAUUGUAUAUUGGGAACCCUCUGAACCAUAUGAGCCUAUCAUUGAGUAUUAUAGUGAUGUGCAUAUCCAACCUAAGAACAACAUAGACCAAGAUGAUGAUAGUUAUCUUCGCAACCCAAUACCGGAGAAUGAACAUGUUGGGAUUGAUGAAGAGAAUAUGUAUUUGAAGGAAGAACCUAAAGCUCUAAAUAUGGUUCUUUUUCCUGAUAAAGAAAAGGACCAAGACUAUGUUGCUGAUGGUGAGAGUGAGGAUGAGAGUGAGGAUGGGAGUGAGGAUGAGAGUAAGGAUGAGAGCGAGGACGAGACUGAAGUAGAGGAGGAUGAUGAGUUGCAUGAGGUAAAUCAUGCCCCAAAUAUAGAGUAUGAUAAGGAUGACCCUCCUAUGACUGAAGGUUUCAUAUAUCCCAAUAUGAAGGAGUUUAAGUUGGCCCUUUCUCAGCAUGCUAUCAAACAUGAAUUUGAGUAUAACACAGAGAAGAGUGCACCAUGUAGGUUCAGGGGCUAUUGUAAAAGAAGAGAUGAAGAUAAUUGUCCAUGGAGGAUACAUGCUUCUACAACGGAUGAUUUGUGUACCGUAGUGGUGAAAAAAAAUCCUUUUGGUCAUGAUUGCUCUAGUGCAAGAAGGAAAAAGAAGGUGAAGAAUGCAACUAAGUACUGGAUAUGUGAGAAGGUGAAGGACUGGCUCAUUGAAGAUGCAACUCUAGGAGCAAAGGAAUUGCGAAAGAAGCUUAAAGAACACCACAAGGUCAAAAUCAACUACAAGAGAGUAUAUAUGGGUAAGUUGCUAGCCUUGAAGCAACUAUAUGGUGAUUGGGAUAUCAGCUUUGACAAUUUGUAUAGGUUUAAGGCACAAGUUGAAAGUUGUUGCCCCGGUAGCAUAGUCCAGAUUGAUCAUCACACAAUAAAUGGUAAAAUCAGGUUUAGAAGAAUUUUUGUUGCUAUGAAACCUUGCAUAGAGGGGUUCCUUAGUGGCUGCAGACCAUAUUUGGCAAUAGAUAGCACAUUCUUGACGGGCAGGUUCAAGGGGCAGCUGGCUAGUGCUACCGCCGUUGAUGGCCAUAAUUGGAUGUAUCCGGUUAGUUUUGGAGUCUUUGAUUCUGAAACUAACGAGAAUUGGAUUUGGUUCAUGCAAUUGCUAAGACAGGCCAUAGGAUCACCAAAUGGGUUGGCCAUAUGCACCGAUGAUGGUCAAGCAGUAAUGACAGGGGUGAAAGAAGUGUUCCCAGAGGCGGAACAUAGGGAAUGCAUGUUUCACUUGGUGACCAACUUCAAGAAGAAGUUCCAUGGGAAGGUGUUUGAUGACCACCUUUGGGUUGUUGCUUACUCAUGGAACCCAUAUUUAUUUGACAAACAUUGGGUUGCUAUGGAGACAACAAAGCCAGCUGCAACUGCAUAUAUAAGGAAGUGGCACAAUAGGUUGUGGUCUAGGAGUCAAUUUUCAACUAUAUGCAAGGUAGACUAUGUAACCAACAACCUGGCCGAGAGCUUUAACAAUUGGAUUAAGCACCACAAGUCCUUGAACUUGGAUGACCUCUUUGAUAAGGCGAGACAAUUGAUUAUGAUAUUGUGGAACCGAAGGAGAAAAGUAGCAAAGGAGUUAGAUGGUUUGAUUCUGCCCCACAUAAUUAAGAAGCUGAAUGCAAUGACCAGGGAAUUAAACUUGGAGGUGGUAGAAAGCUCAGAAGAAGUGGCUGAAGUAACUGCAUUAGGUGGUAGUGGAUUUAGAUUUGUGGUCAACUUGCAAGAGGGGACAUGUUCUUGUCGACAAUGGCAAGUUUCUGGCCAUCCUUGCAAACAUGCUCUUGCAUUCAUCACGUCACUUAGCAAUGCACACAUACGACACUAUGUGGACUUGUAUUUCUCCGUUGACAAAUAUAGAGCAGCUUAUGCCCAACUAAUUCCAGCUAUGUCGGACAAGACCCAAUGGCCUAAAUCUAACCAUGGAUUCUUCAUGCAUCCACCACUAUUGAAGGCCACGGCUGGUAGGCGUAAAACUGAGAGGUACAAAGGUUGCGGUGAGAAGAAAAGGAAAAGUGGUCAACACUUAUGCCCUAUUUGUAAGGAAUAUGGGCAUCAUUGGCACAAAUGUAAGAAAGGAAAUCCAGAGGACAUUUGGACUUAUGAGUGCAUCGAAGAACCACCAAAGAAAAGGACAAAGACAACCAAAACAGCUGAGUUAUCCAUUGUGCCUUGCGAAGAUGGAGUACCAACAAGAAUCUGUUUUCCCCCAAGCAAAAGCUUGAAGAAUACAAACAAAAAGGGAAAAGGGGGGAAAUCUGAAUCAGUUCGAUCAAGAGAUCAAGAACCGGCUCAAAACAUCCGGAGCCAAUUUCCAUCGAGUUUCCUAUGCACGGCGAUGAAACAAAUGUUCCUGUGA